AUGGCGACCUCCAACGAUGCAAUGUGGAGUCAGGAAAAAGAAGAGGAAUUAGUCAUAUUAUGGGAGUCUAAGCCCAACUUAUAUGAUAUUAGCAAACCCGAAUAUGGGUCUGCCGCCGUUGUAUCCAUGGCUUUACCCAGGUUUUCCUAUUCUCCCAUCGCGCUCUUCUUUUUCGCAUUCGACGUAAAACCAAAAGAGUUUCGAGUACAAUUGCCACUUUCCGCUUCUUUCUGGACACCGCCAUUUUGUGAUCAUGUGACUAAGUCUCCCCUACGCAUGCGUAAUUUAAUUCGCUGGCAAAUUAUCGACACAAACAUUCGCCCAGUGUGUCCACUUCGUCGGCCGAAUGGAUUCGGUGGCGAAUUGUUCGGGCGAAGUACCAGCGAAUUAAAUUCGCCUAGUGUGUCCGCUGCAUUAAGUAAUCAAACCACAAGAUGA